CAAACCACCAUCUGUCAAACAAACCAAACAAAACAUUCUGCGCUUGUUUUGGGAACGGUUCGGCAUCAUCAGUCCGUAAAAUUGCCAGUUUAAUUAGUGUUAGCCAUGGAGCACAUUCCAUCCAUUCGACGACGGUCUUCAUUAUUUUCGACAAAUCAAGUCAGUGAUUCUGGUUCGGUCUCUAAUGAAGCCAUUAGAUACGAGAAGCAGCUAAGACAGGAAAUAAAAGAGUGGACCAAUUUGAUUCGGUCAAAGUAUGUUAAGUUACAACAAUUACGUACGGCGUCCUGCAAAGUUGAUCAGUCCAUCCUAACAGACGAACAGCGAAGAUAUCUAGCUGACGGUCCUACGGUGGAAAACUUUAUUGCGGAAACUGAGACAUUUGAUAAAGCUAUUACUGCUUACGUUACCCGCAAAUCCUUCCUGAUGGAGAGGAACGCAUACAUCGUCCAGGAAGCUAAAGCAUUGGUUGAACUUGAGCUGAAAGACGCAAUAGCUGACGAACUGGCCGACAGUAUCAUUGCAUAAAACUGUAUCAAAAAAGUAUGAUUAACGUAGAGCAUCGAAACACAAUGAAAGCAACGCUGCUUGCCACAUUUCAAAUGAGGGGAUCCGUUGUGUUUUGUUUUGCGUUUUGAACGCAGAAGGACGAUGACACUUGCUUGACGCAUUUAGAUUAUUAGAUCAGUUUCGCUAGGGCUGUCGUUUUCGUGGCCCAGUUUUUGACAAGUCGAUAAUAGCCAUAGCCAAGAAAAAUAGAAGGCCGCCAAGGGAGGAAACAUUAAUUAACAUACACUUACCAAUAAUCGCGGGCCGAGUUAACGUAAUCAGACGCAUCCAACGUAGAUGCUUGAAAGUGAAAAAUGUCGUUUAAGAAGGAUCUAGUGCUGCUACUAAAACCCUAUUACUGGGUUAACAUUCUGAUGAGCAUUUCGUACAUCGCCGCAAAACGAGCACCGUUCAUUUGCAACUAUUUAUGGACUUAUCUGUUUCAACAAGAGGACCAAUGCGAACUCGAUGGGCGCGAAACGGAGAUCCUGUUCUUCCUACUGAUCGUGGUCAUGAUCCGGACGAGAAAAACGGGCAGCGUGACGAUGAUUAACUAUCUUACGUCCAGCUUCAUGUACACCAAGAUAGCGAACUUGGGCCUGUGGUUCUACAACGAUAUCCGGCUGGGCAUGAUCUACUUCGUGUUUUUCAUUCUGGUGGCUCUUCUCCUGCCAGAGCCAACCUACACCGGGCCGGAGAAUGUGUUGUACUUCCGCACCGAGAACGGAUUGGAGGAGGAGCUGGAGAAAGACAAGCGCGUAACCUGGCUGGUAACGUUUUACACGGUAUGGAAUCCGGCGUGUGUGAAUUUUGCUCCCAUCUUUUCGGAACUGUCGAACGAGUACGCGCUUUCGAACCUGAAAUUUGGGAAGCUGGACAUCGGACGAUUCCCGAAGAUUGGGGAAAAAUACCACGUUUCGGACAGUUCCUUCAGUCGUCAGCUACCCACCGUGAUCCUGUUUCGCCAAGGCAAGGAGGUGGCUCGCCGGCCCUAUGCAGAUAGUAAAGGCAAGCUGGUGAAGUUCUUCUUCUCUGCCGACAACGUUAAAGCUGCAUUUGAUUUAAACAAUCUGUACAAGGAAUGUAAAGAUAAUCCGAUCAAGGCAAUCAAAUCGGUAGCAGAAAAGAAGAAGGACUAGUACGGGUCAAAGCAGAAGACGGUCACAUUCAUACUGCAAGAUACAUUUGGUGGCAUUUUAGUAAAGAGUGUCGUGGUCUGAUAGGGAUUAUCUUAUCGGCAUGGUCAUCGUUUGAACGCAGACAGCUAAUUAAACUCAAAGUGAACACAAGCACGUGUUGAUCGCUACUGUAGGAAUUAUUUAUCCGUCUAUUAGGUUAAAUUUGUGCAAAGCAACUAUGCUAAAAACAAGACAUGGCAGGUGGAGAAGCUGUCUUCAAUCUUUAAUUUAUACCAAGCGCACAUCCACGAAUACACGAUUUUAAUUUGUUUAA